CCUAAUAUAUAUCUUUUACUCAAACACUAAAUACAUUUUCAAUAAUAAAAGAAAUUAAAGCUAUACAAUGGCAGAUUUCAUGGAUAAAGCGAUGAAUUUCGUUUCUGAUAAGGUGGGGAACAUGGAGAAACCGGAGGCUGACAUCACGGAUUUUGAUCUGAAAAAAGUUAGCAUGGACAGCAUUUCAUAUCAUGCUAAAGUUGCCGUGAAAAACCCUUACUCUGUUCCUGUACCCAUCAUGCAGAUCUCUUACACUCUCAAAUGCUCCGGCAGGGUUAUAGUAUCAGGAACAAUUCCAGAUCCAGGGAAUAUAAAGGCAAAUGACACAACUAUUUUAGAUGUGCCACUGAAGGUACCUCACAGUAUGCUAGUGAGUUUGGGUAAGGAUAUUGGUAAAGAUUGGGACAUUGACUAUAAACUGGAAUUAGGUCUCGCUAUUGAUCUUCCAGUCAUCGGAGAUUUCACAAUUCCACUCUCUCAUAGCGGCGAGAUAAAGCUUCCAUCACUCUCAGACUUAUGGAACGGUGACAAACAAGAAGACACUGAAAAAGAGAUCUGAAACUAGCGUGCUAAUAAUAAUAAUUACUACUACUAACUAAUACUGUAGUUUCAUUAUGGAUGUUUUUAUGUAAUUUUGUUUUAAAAUCCAUUGGAUUUUUGUUUGAUUUUCCAAAAGCCUAAACCUAAUUUUGGGGUUCAAUUAAAAAUUAAAGUGCGUUUUUUAAA